CUGGGGUCCGUGCCUUUCUACUGAGACGCGCGUUGACUGUAACUUAGCGGCCAGCGGCUUCUCUUACUUAGCGCAGUCUGGAGGCUGGUUUCUGGCCUCUGAGAUCACCAAAAGCUUCUCUUCACCUGUUGGCAGCCAUGUUUGAGACCAGCAGUGACGACUUGUUCCUGCCUUCCUGCCAAGAGGAGGAGCUGGUGGACAAUCUGCUGUCCAAUGACGAGUUGGACGGAGAUGGUGGUGGAGAAGGCCUCUCCCUGGCCAAGGCCCUGCUUCCCCUGGUUGAGUCUGCCUACUCUCCCCUCAUCCCCUGGGUCUGCUCCACCCGCUACAAGACGGAGCUCUGCACCAGCUACUCUGCUACUGGUUUCUGUAAGUAUGCCGAGCGCUGCCAGUUCGCCCACGGCCUCAGAGAGCUCCAGGUUCCCUUCCGCCACCCAAAGUACAAGACGGAGUUGUGUCGCAGCUACCACACCACUGGCUACUGCAACUACGGCAGCCGUUGCCUAUUCGUCCACAGUCCCACGGAGCAGCGCCCCACCAUUCACCGCCGCAGGAACAUCCCCUGCCGCAAUUUCCGCUCCUUUGGAGUAUGUCCCUUUGGCACUCGCUGCAACUUCCUGCACACGGAGGGUGGAGAAGUCAGCAGUGGCCUGGAGUCUCCUGAUGUUGUUGAGGAGAAGACUCCGUCUGCUCUCAGCCCCCAGCUCCAACCGCAGACCAAGGAGUGGAGGCCUCGAGGAGCUCUGUGCCGUACUUUCAGCUCCUUCGGUUUCUGCCUGUAUGGCACACGCUGUCGCUUCCAGCACGGCCUCCCCAGCAAGAUCAAAACCUCUGACCAAAGUCAAGGAGGAUCCCUCUACCCUCAGCUGUCUCCGGGCAGCUCAGGUUUACCUUCCCCCAUCUCCACCUCUUCGAACUGUUCAACCUCCUCCUCUCCUCCAUCAACAUCUCCUCUUGCCACCCCGCCCGCAGAGGCAACAGCCCACAAUGCCUUCACCUUCUCCAGCCAGCACCUGAGCGACCUGCUGCUACCACUGGCCCUGCACCUGCAGCAGCUGGAGAGCAGCAAGGCCCAGGAGAUCUGGGACAACAGGGCAAUCUAACUGGGUAUUGUCGUCAUUAAAACCAGCAUCAGCACUGAACGCUACAGCUCAAUGAAAUCUACUGUAUAUUUUUAAAUUUUUUUUAAACCCUCCUUCCCUAGGAUAUUUAAUUUUUAUUAUGUUUUUUUAUUAAUUGCUGUUGUCAUUAGGUCAAGCACAUCUUGAAUGUCUGUAGGAGUUCUGGACCUCCUGAUACAGGGUCAGCUAUGAGUGUAUUUUUUUUUUUUUUUUUUUUUAAACUAUUGUACAUAGUUUAUUAAUGAACUUAAA